GACUGAAUCGCCCAUCCAUGGCGACAAGAAACGUUUAUCUUUAUGUUAAUUUUCUUCAGGCAGUUUUGAAGUUCCAAUUGUUGAGAUAUGGAGAUCAGUACAAUAUUGAUGCGGCAUAAAGAUUCUUCAUCUGGGCAUUUUGACAUGCAGAUGAUAGGCACUUUCUUGAGUUUCGCAUCAAGGGGUGACAGAGUUGGUCUCAAUCAGAUGCUGAGGCAGGGAAUUUCACCCAAUGUACAGGACUAUGACAAAAGAACUGCUCUACAUCUUGCUGCUAGCGAAGGACACGCCUCUAUUGUUGAACUUCUUUUGGCUUACAAGGCUGAUGUUAAUCUCAAAGAUAGGUGGCUCCGGACUCCCUUAACAGAUGCAAAGUUGUACGGGCACCGUGACAUAUGCAGGAUCCUUGAGGUCUGUGGUGGCAAGGAUUCCAACAGUGAUCAUCCUUUGACUGUUCGGCGUGAAGAGGAUUCAAUUGAAAUGAAUAUUGACAUAUCUGAACUGAACUUGCAGCAUUCUUCAAUAAUUGAGCAGGGCUUAUUUGGGGAGUCUGAAAAGGUCAAAUGGCGUGGAACAUGGGUGGUUAAAACCGUAAUCAAAAGGGUUUUUUCUGCUAAGGUUAAUACUUUACUGAGGGAACUUCGACAUCCAAAUAUUUUACAGUUUCUUGGAUCAAUUGUGCAUGGUGAUGAAAUGAUCUUGAUCACAGAGUAUUUGCCGAAAGGAAACUUGCAAGAUAUUUUGAGAAAGCGUCUUGACCCCCCAACUGCAUUGCGCUAUGCACUUGACAUAGCUAGGGGAAUGAAUUACCUCCAUCGGCACAAGCCCUUGCCUAUUGUUCACAAUAACUUGCAUCUGAAGAACUUGUUACUAGAUGAAUGUGGGCACUUAAAGAUUGGUGAAUAUUGGGUUCAAAUAUUGGAUAAUCAAAUAUAUGCAAGUCAGGACUGUUGUCAAUCAAACAACGGAUGUAACUUAAUCAGUCAUCUGUGUCAUGACAUUAGCAAAGAUAUUUAUUCAUUUGGCCUCAUCUUUUACCAGAUGCUGGAAGGAAGACAAAUAACUGACAGGAGUUUUGAGACCAUGCAUAUCAAGUCUGUAGAUUUGGAGAAAAAGCUUUAUACAGGUCGAUACCCGAGUAGAAUUCUUCAGUUAAUUGAGGACUGCACGAGUACAGUUCCUUCUACAAGGCCAUCAUUUGCUACAGUAAUAGAAAUCCUAGAAGAAGUCUCUUUACUAUCAAGAAAAACAGGUUGCCCGCCGUGUAAUAAAAGCAAAAGCCCCAAGUAAAUGAAUUUAAUUUGCU